GCUCAAAUCUCCGCCAAGCCUGCCAGUCCCCGCCCCUUCCAGGACCCGGAGCUUGGCCGAGGAGGUUGCCCAGGGACCGACCGACACACUGCGAGGCGGACAGGCAAACGGGCACCGGGAGACGCGCGAUGGCCGCGCCUGCAGAGCCCUGUGUGGGAGAGGAGGUCUGGAACUGGACGGAGCCUGAGCCCACUGCUGCCCACCUACUGAAUGUGUGCUUCCUGAAAACGGCAGGGGUCUGGGUGCCCCCUAUGUACCUCUGGGUCCUUGGCCCCAUCUACCUCCUGUACCUCCACCGCCAUGGCCGAGGCUACCUCCGGAUGUCCCUGCUCUUCAAGGCCAAACUGGUGCUUGGGCUCGCCCUCAUAAUCCUGUGCACCUCCAGCGUGUCUGUGGCUCUUUGGAGAAUCCAGCGGGGAAUGCCCCAGGCCCCAGAAUUCCUCAUUCAUCCCACCGUGUGGCUCACCACGAUGAGCUUCGCCGUGUUCCUGAUCCACACAGAGAGGAAGAAGGGGGUCCGGGCAUCCGGGGUGCUGUUUGGAUACUGGCUGUUGUGCUUUCCCUUGCCAGCUACCAGUGCCGCCCAGCUGGCCUUGCAAGGGGGCUUCCAGAGCGACCCCUUCUACCACCUCUCGACCCACCUGUGCUUGUCAAUGGUGGCAGCCCAGUUUGUGCUGUCCUGCCUUGUCGAUCACCCACCCUUCUUCCCUGAAGACCCCCAGCAGUCUAACCCAUGUCCAGAGGCUGAAGCUUCCUUCCCCUCCAGGGUCAUGUUCUGGUGGAUUUCUGGGCUGGUCUGGAGGGGCUACAGGAGGCCACUGGGGCCAGAAGACCUCUGGUCGCUUAGCAGAGAAAACUCCUCAGAAGAACUUGUUUCCCAGUUCGAAAGGGAAUGGAAAAGGAACUGCAGUGCGGCCCAGCGGUACACCAAGGCGAGAGCAGCUAAAAGGAAAGGAAGCUGUGGUGUAGAGACCCCAGAGAUGGAGCCCUUGCUGAAGCAAGAAGGGAGCCAGAGGGGCCCGCUGCUGAGAGCCAUCUGGCAGAUGUCCCGCUCCACCUUCCUCCUGGCGACCUUCAGCAUUAUCAUCUGUGAUGUCUUCAGGUUCUCUGUCCCCAAGCUCCUCAGCCUUUUUCUAGAAUUUAUGGGCAAUCCCACGACCCCGGCCUGGAAGGGGUAUCUCCUCGCGGUGCUGAUGUUCCUGUCUGCCUCCCUGCAAUCGCUGGCGGAGCAGCACUUCAUGUACAGGGUCAAGGUGCUGCAGAUGAGGCUGCGAACGGCCAUCACAGGCCUGGUGUACAGAAAGGUCCUGGUCCUCUCCAGCGCUUCCAGAGAGGUCAGUGCAGUGGGUGACAUGGUCAACCUGGUGUCCGUGGAUGUACAGCGACUGAUGGAGAGUGUCAUCUACCUUAACGGGUCUUGGAUAACCGUCAUCUGGAUGAUCAUCUGCUUUGUCUAUCUCUGGCAGCUUCUAGGACCCUCUGCCCUCACUGCCAUCGCUGUCUUCAUGAGCCUCCUCCCUCUGAAUUUCUUCAUCACCAAGAAGAGGAAACAGCAUCAGGAAGAACACAUGGGGCAGAAGGAUUCUCGGGCGCGGCUCACCAGCUGCAUCAUCCGGAAUAUGAAGACCGUCAAGUCCCAUGGCUGGGAGGGAGCCUUUCUAGAAAGAAUCCUGCGCAUCCGGGGCCAGGAGCUGGGAGCCUUGAGGACCUCCAACCUCCUCUUCUCUGUGUCUCUGGUGUCCUUCCAAGCGUCCACGUUUCUGGUCGCACUGGUUCUGUUUGCUGUCCAUACACUCACGGCCGAGGAGAACACCCUGGAUGCUGAGAAAGCUUUUGUGACCCUCACGGUCCUCACCAUCCUCAACAAGGCUCAGGUUUUCCUGCCGUUCUCCAUCAACGCCCUGGUGCAGGCCCGGGUGUCCUUUGACCGUCUGGCCGCCUUCCUCUGCCUGGAAGAAGUGGACCCUGGGGCUGUGGACUCAAGUCCCUCCAGAUGCUCUGCUGGGGAGACCUGCAUCAGCAUUCAAGAUGGCACGUUCGCUUGGUCCCGGGAGAGCACGCCCUGCCUGCACAGGAUCAACCUCACCGUGCCCCAGGGUCGUCUGCUGGCUGUUGUCGGGGCUGUGGGGGCAGGGAAGUCCUCCCUGCUGUCUGCCCUCCUCGGGGAACUGUCAAAAGUGGAGGGAUCGGUGAGGAUCAAGGGUUCCGUGGCUUACGUGCCCCAGGAGGCCUGGGUCCAGAACACAUCCGUGGUAGAGAAUGUGUGCUUCAGGCAGAAGCUGGACCCGCUGUGGCUGGAGAGGGUCCUGGAGGCCUGCGCCCUGUGGCCAGACGUGAGCAGCUUCCCCGCAGGGGUCCACACCAAAAUUGGGGAGCAGGGCAUGAAUCUCUCCGGGGGCCAGAAGCAGCGGCUGAGCCUGGCCCGGGCCGUGUACAGGAAGGCUGCCGUGUACCUGCUCGAUGACCCCCUGGCGGCCCUGGAUGCCCACGUUGGCCAGCACAUCUUCAACCAGGUCAUUGGGCCCAGCGGGCUGCUCCACGGAACGACGCGGAUUCUCGUGACCCACACGCUCCACGUCCUGCCCCAGGCUGAUUGGAUCGUGGUGCUGGAAGAUGGAGCCAUCGCAGAGAUGGGUCCCUACCAGGAGCUCCUGCACAGGAAGGGGGCUCUGGUGGGCCUUCUGGAUGCAGCCAGACAUCCAGAAGACAGUGGAGAUGGAGAGACAGAACUCACGACCGAGGCCGAGGACCCCAGAGGCUCAGCUGGAUGCGGGAGGCCUGUGGGUGGACCCAAGAGUGGCAGGUCCAUGAAGUUAGUCCCCGGGAAGGACAGCACCACUUCAGAGACCCAGGCAGGGGUUGCCCUAGAUGACCCCGAGUGGGCAGGACGGCCAACAGGAGAGGACAGUGUGCAGGAUGGCAGGGUGAAGGCCACCAUGUACCUGACCUACCUACGGGCUGUAGGGGCUCCCCUCUGCCUCUACAUUCUCUUCCUCUUCCUCUGCCAGCAAGUGGCCUCCUUCUCCUGCAGCUACUGGCUGAGCCUGUGGGCGGACGACCCCACUGUGGACGGGCGGCAGACACAGGCGGCUUUGCGGGGCUGGGUCUUCGGGCUCCUGGGCUGCCUCCAAGCCCUUGGGCUGUUUGCCUCCAUGGCCAUGGUGCUCCUAGGGGGGAUCCGGGCAUCCAGCCUGCUUUUCCAGAGACUUCUAUGGGAUGUGGUGCUAUCUCCCAUUGGCUUCUUUGAGCGAACCCCCUUCGGGAACCUGCUGAAUCACUUCUCCAAGGAGACAGACACUGUUGAUGUGGACAUCCCCGACAAAGUCCGGUCGUUGCUGAUUUAUGUCUUCGGACUCCUGGAGGUCAUUCUGGCAGUGACGGUGGUCACCCCGCUGGCUGCUGUGGUCAUCCUGCCACUGCUGGUUCUCUAUGCUGGGUUUCAGAGCCUGUACGUGGCCAGCCUAUGCCAGCUCAGACGCCUUGAGUCAGCCAGACACUCGCGCGUGUGUUCCCAUGUGGCCGAGACCUUCCAGGGCAAAGCAGUGGUCAGAGCCUUCCAGGCCCAGGGCCCCUUUGUGGCUCAGAAUGACACAAACGUGGAUGAAAGCCAGAAAGUCAGUUUCCCACGGCUGGUGGCUGAGAGGUGGCUGGCUGCCAACAUAGAGCUGCUGGGAAACGUGCUGGUGUUGGCAGCCUCCAUGUGUGCCGUGCUGAGGAAGGCCCACCUUAGCGCCGGCCUCGUGGGCUUCUCGGUGUCCACCGCCCUCCAGAUGACCCAGACACUACAGUGGGCUGUUCGCAGCUGGACGGACCUGGAGAGCAGCAUCAUGUCGGUGGAGCGGAUGAAGGACUACGACCAGACGCCCAAGGAGGCGCCCUGGAAGCUGCCCACCUGUGCAGCCCGGUCCCCCUGGCCUCACGGGGGGCAGAUCGAGUUCCGGAACUUUGGGCUGAGAUACCAACCUGAGCUCCCACUGGCCGUCCGGGGUGUGUCCUUCAAGAUCCACGCCGGAGAGAAGGUGGGCAUCGUUGGCAGGACGGGGGCCGGGAAGUCCUCCCUGGCCGGGGGCCUCCUGCGGCUCCUAGAGGCGGCCGAGGGGGGGAUUUGGAUCGACGGGGUCCCCAUCGCCCACGUGGGGCUGCACACGCUACGGUCCAGGAUCACCAUCAUCCCCCAGGACUCCGCGCUGUUCCCCGGCUCUCUGCGGAUGAACCUGGACAUGCUGAAUGAGCACACGGACGAGGCCAUCUGGGAAGCCUUGGAGACAGUGCAGCUCAGAGCCGUGGUGGCCAGCCUGCCGGGCCAGCUGCAGUAUGAGUGUGCCGAGCAAGGUCACAGCCUGAGCGUGGGCCAGAAGCAGCUCCUGUGUCUGGCGCGGGCCCUUCUCCGGAAAACCCGGAUCCUCAUCCUGGAUGAGGCCACGGCCGCCGUGGACCCGGGCACGGAGCUCCAGAUGCAGGCUGCCCUCAGCAGCUGGUUCGCCCGGUGCACGGUGCUGCUCAUCGCCCACCGCCUGUGCUCUGUGAUGGACUGCGCCAGGGUGCUGGUCAUGGACAAGGGGCAGAUGGCAGAGAGUGGCAGCCCAGCCCAGCUGCUGGCCCAGAAGGGCCUGUUUUACAGGCUGGCACAGGAAUCAGGCCUGGUCUGAGCCCUCAACCCUCGCCUCGUUGUACCAGUCCAGAGAGACUCCUGUGCCCUGGGGGUGCCAGGGACCCAGGCGUCACUGGUUGGCACUGCUCUCUGGGAGGAAAAUGGCAGAAGUGGCCAACCGUCACAGACCUGGGAGGACCCAGCAAGGCCCAGGUCGGUCUGAUCAGGGCUCGUCCAGCCUCGUCCCACCCCGAAGCUGAAGUCGCUGGUGGCUCUCUGCGCUGGCUGCCCCGGGGCCUCACCCAAGGGGCUCAAAAAUCCACCCAUGCCCGGACUCCACCACAGACCCUGAAAAUCAACAUCCCUGGGGCUGGGGCCGGGGCAGUGGAGCGUGUCCUUUUACAAAUUACCCCCUUUAUUUUGAGAUGGUUAUAGAUGGACAAGCAAUUAUGAGAAAUAAUCCAGAAAGUUCCUGGGUAGCCUUACUCUGUUUCCCCCAACAACAACAUCCUGAAAAACAGUAGUACAGUAUCAUAACCAGAAUAGUGACGUUGGUACCAUGGGCCGAUGCUGUUCGGAUUUCCCCACUUUCACUUGGAUUUGUGCACGUGCACACACACGCACGUGUCCCUGGGCAAGCUUCUGCAGCUGCCACCACCAGUCGGGAUGCCGAGCAUGUCCAGCACCACCAGGACCCCUCCGGUCACCAUGUUGUGACCAUACCCGCCUUUCUCCCACCCGCAACCAGGCGCUGAUGCGCUCUCCAUUCUGGUAUUUUUUUUAAGCUCCCCAUAGGAUUCCAGGGAAUUCCACACCUCCUGCUGCUGCCCCUCCACCCUCAUAGGUGAGCCCCAAGGAGCAUCUUGUCUGAACCGACACACAGGCCGAGCCCCCCCCAACCCCCCUACCAAGAACAGGCCCGCCCCCCACACCAGCACCUUCAGCGCCAAAAACAAGAUUUGCGGA